AUGUCCCUCCCUACCGUCCCUCAUCCUCCUUCCGAGCGAAUCGCAAUCAUCGGCGCAGGCAUAGUCGGAUCCCACCUCGCCUCUUUCCUUUCCACCUCACUCGGCUCUCGAGUCAUACUCAUCGAUAAAGAUAUCAAGGGUCUACCAGGAUCUACAGGCCAUGCACCGGGAUUUGUAGGACAAUAUAACGAGCUGCCCGUAUUGACCGAAUUGGCCAAACGGUCCGUAUCGUACUAUUCCCAGGGGGGUGAAGAUGGAUUUCAGAGAGUUGGUGGAUUAGAGAUUUCCCAAGGCUUGGAGGAAAGAGCUCAAGCUGCUAGAUCUGCUGGAUUACAAGCUGAGUUAGUAAACAAACAACAGAUAUUGGAUUUAGUACCGUCUUUGGUGGAUGAGGAGUAUCUAGCGCAAGAAGGUAAUGCGGGGUUGUAUUUCCCAAAUGACGGGACUGCUACUGCCAUAGUAGUCACCCAUACCCAACAGGAUAAAGCUGCUUCGAAUGGUGCGAUCCUAUCAGAUGCUCAGGUUACUUCGCAUACCAAAACAAUCGAUGGGAAGGGAUGGAAUAUCAAGACGGACCAUGGUGAGAUCGAAGUAGGAAGAUUAGUAUACUGCACGGGAAUAUGGGCCUCUCAACUUUUACCUCAACUUGAACAUUCUGUGGUAUCUGUCUCUCACCCAUAUUCGUAUUCCCGACAACACCCUGUCAGAGAGAAGAAAACGCCCUUUGUAAGAUGGCCUAAAGAGCAUGUUUAUGCUAGAGAUCAUGGAGAGAGGGAUGGAUUGGGAUCAUACGCACAUGCACCGAUCAAAGUACCGAGAGAAGAGCACGGGGAAACGGCUUAUGGGAAUUGGGAAGGGAGUUUCGACAAUGUCUUGGAAAAGGGAUACAGAUUGUUAGAUGGAGGCAUAGCGAAGUCGUUCGAAGGUGAAGAUACGAAGAAGUUUAAUGGUCUGUUCUCAGUUACUCCAGAUGGUUUACCCUUAGUUGGAAAAGUGGAAGAUGGAUUGUACUGUGCAGUGGGAGUUUGGGUGACACAUGCUGCGGGAAGUGCUAGAUUGUUAGCGGAUGAACUAGUCGGUGGAUCGAAAGAUGAAGAUGAGUGGUUGAGGAAGGCUCUGGAUCCUAAGAGGUUCGAUAAGUACACAAGCGAUGAGGAGAAGAAGGUAUUGGAGAGUAGGUCGCUGGCGAAGUAUAAUGAUAUCUACAAUAAGGAAGGGUAG